AUGACAAUAGGUAUUGUUGUAGUUUCCCCAUAUUAUAUCCGUAUUGUUUGGCCUUGUUUUCCAGGCGAUCGCGGCCGGAGCAGGAAGAAGAAACGCGACUUUUUCGGCGCCAUGAGGACCCGGUUCAACAGGUCCAAAUUCAGGUCCAAGUCGAUCGACGCCAACCAACACGACAAGUACAACAACGAUUUGUACGGUCUGUCGCCGGGGCAGGCUCGAUCGAUAUCGGCCGAUGGCACCAGGAACUCGUCCGAACCGUCCAUUGGUGAGUGA